AGCUCCCCGGCCUGGGAGUGGCCGCUCUAGGCAGCGGGGAGGGCGCAGGGUUAAGGGAGUUUGGAGACCGGCGCGGCCUCUCCUCUAUGGUCGUGGGCCGGGGGCACCCUCCUCCGCAGGCAAACCUAGGUUACCUCCGGAAGUGAAGCCGCAACCUCUCCCUCCGCUUCCGCGGGGAUCCUGGCAGGGGGCGACAGCAGGGACGGCUCCGGGAUGAGCUCGGCGAAACCGAUGCUCUUCCAGGUGGCUCAGUCCCGCGGUUUUGCUGUGCACUUCCAUCCUGCCGCGUUCAGCCGUCAUUAGUCUGCAGUUUUGCAGGCUUUUCCAACUCAGACAUGCUUCCUGUCGGCUGUGAACGAGAUUUAAUGAUGCUUCACAGCCGUUUUCCGACUCUGACAUUUUCUGUGUCUGUGGAGCCCCUUAGUUGCUGAGAGAUGGAGCAAUUGCCACAAAAUGAUCUGAACACAGAGAGCCAUAGGGAAGAUGACCCUGUCACGAGCACUAGCCCUCAGAUUUCUGUCAGUGAAUUCUCCUGCCACUGCUGUUACGACAUCCUGGUUAACCCCACCACCUUGAACUGUGGGCACAGCUUCUGCCGGCACUGCCUCGCUCUGUGGUGGGCCUCUUCCAAGAAAACAGAAUGCCCAGAAUGCCGAGACAAAUGGGAAGGUUUCCCCAAAGUCAAUAUUCUCCUCAGGGAUGCCAUUGAAAAGUUAUUUCCCGACGCCAUUAGAAUGCGAGUCGAAGACAUUCAGCAGAAUGAUGACAUCGUCCAGAGUCUUGUGGCCUUUCAGAAGUAUGGGAGCGAUCAGAUUCCUUUCGCUCCCCACACAGGCCAAGCGCCUCAGCAGAGAGGCGGGGGAUUCUUUUCGGGUGUGCUCACGGCUCUAACUGGCGUGGCUGUGGUCCUGCUGGUGUAUCACUGGAGCAGCAGGGAAUCCGAGCACGACCUCCUGGUCCACAAGGCAGUGGCCAGGUGGACAGCAGAAGAAGUUGUCCUCUGGCUGGAGCAGCUGGGCCCCUGGGCCUCUCUCUACAGAGACAGGUUUUUAUCUGAAAGAGUAAAUGGCAGGUUGCUCUUAACUUUGACAGAGGAAGACUUUUCCAGGGCGCCAUACAGCAUAGAAAAUAGCAUCCACCGAAGAGCCAUCCUCAUGGAACUGGAGCAAGUCAAAGCACUCGGCGUGAAGCCACCCCAGAACCUCUGGGAAUAUAAGGCCGUGAACCCCGGCAGGUCGCUGUUCCUGCUCUACGCCCUCAAGAGCUCCCCCAGGCUCGGCCUGCUGUACCUCUACCUGUUCGACUACACGGACACCUUCCUGCCCUUCAUCCACACCAUCUGCCCUCUGCAGGAAGGCGGCUCCAGCGAGGACAUCAUCACCAGGCUGCUGGAUCUGAGGGAACCCACGUGGAAGCAGUGGAGAGAAUUCCUGGUGAAAUACUCCUUCCUUCCGUACCAGCUGAUUGCCGAAUUUGCUUGGGACUGGCUGGAGGUCCAUUACUGGACGUCACGGUUUCUUAUCGUCAAUGCCAUGUUACUCUCAGUUCUGGAAUUAUUCUCCUUUUGGAGGAUCUGGUCAAGAAGUGAACUGAAGACUGUGCCUCAGAGGAUGUGGAGCCAUUUCUGGAAAGUGUCCACACAGGGGCUUUUUGUGGCCAUGUUCUGGCCCCUCAUCCCUCAGUUUGUGUGCAACUGUCUCUUUUACUGGGCCCUGUACUUUAACCCAAUUAUUAACAUUGAUCUUGUGGUCAAGGAGGUCCGACGGCUGGAAACCCAGGUGUUGUGACCACCGCUGCCCGGGCUCCGAGGGACUCUUCCGCCUCCCCGCCGGCCCAGCUCGGAUGCUCAGGCGCGGGAGAGAGCGGGCUUCCUCCGUUCUGCCCCGAGGACACGAGGUGCUGCUUGGUCUGUCAGAGGCUGCAGCCGCCCCUCUCUCCCUCUGCCUGUGGCAGCAACGAUCGGCGGCCCAGAGAGUGGCCGACAUGGCAGCAGCACCUCCCACCCAGCCGCCCUCCUCGCAGGGACUCGGGAGGCGCAGCCCACGACAGCUGGCAAGGACCCGGGAGGACCCGGACUGGGUCGCACCCCCCUUGCCCUAAACUGUGAUGGGCAAAAGGCUCCUGGGGCACAUCGGAGCCCUGAGACCAAGCCCAGGGCCAGCCUGUCCUCUAGGUCAAGUUUAGGAAAACAGGAGGUUUUAUCAUAGGCAUAGGCAGUCGCACAUAAAACGUUCAGAGGAAAAACCAAAAUCCGGUCAACAAUCCUGUCUCACUGAAGAUGGCUAGGAGGUCUCAGGGGGAAACCUGAAAAAGGAUUCUGUUUGAGACGAGGAUGACGGCUCCACUUGUCAUCCCUGCUUGCUGCUUGUAAUCGUAGAAAGUCAGGAACCCUGUCUCAGAAGGGAUUGAGUGGGAUGACAGGCAGCUAAUGGAGAGCAGUUCACAUCAGGCUGAAGUGCCUCAGGGCUACCCAAAGUUGUUGUUUUACGGGGUUGCUUGUUGUUUUGCUUUUUGAUUUUUUUUUUUUUUUUUUUGUCCACACCCACAUCAGGCGGAAGUUCCCAGGCCAGGGAUCAAACCUGCGCCGUGGCAGGCACCCAGGCCCCUGCAGUGACGAUGCUGGAUCCUUCACCUGUUGUGCCAUAAAGGAACUCCUGCGUUUAGUUUUUAAGGAUUCAGUCUAAAAAUCCAGGCUAGUCCAUUUGUUUAAGGAAACGUUUUGUACAUUGACCUCACACUGUAUAAUCUUUAUUAUCCUAUUCUGAUAUGCCAAACAACAAGUAUAACUACACCAAGUGCUGUAAUUGUAGAUACGAGAGGAACUAUGGCUGUUGACUUCCUUCCAGUGUGACAACAGCAGGUGUGAAUUGUGAUACAUCUGAAGACUGGCCCUGCAGAGAUGAGCUUGCAUCCAAAGUGUUUUUUGGUGACUCCAUGAACUAUUCAUUAACCCUUUGUAUCUUUGACGAUUCCACCCCACCUUUACAUCUGAAAGUUUGAAGAAAUUACCUGAAACUAAAAUAAAGGUUUUAUAUAUAUAUAUA